AUGGAUCACAUUACGGUGGCAUGUAAAAAACCGAUUCAGAGUCAUGGAAACGGAACUUCUCUGAUGAGUUUUAUUGCGGUGUUUUAUGCACUAGCGAUUGCCAGCACAAUCUUGAUCCUAUUGUACAGAAACAAACAUUUCAUGAGUGGCUACUCUCUCGUUAAUACCCAAAAGGAAGAGAGUGGAGCACGUCACUCUAUUGUGAUCUAUUCUCCCGAGUAUACAUAUUCAGGGAAGUCUUGCUGCUAUUCUCCAGAUGGUCAGUACCUUUUGUUUUCGAACGGAAAGGAGGUCGAAAUUUUGACGGUCACAGACCAAGUGAUUCGUUUCACAUUGUAUUGCUCGGAUCGUGUUGACUAUGCCGAAUGGUCCCCCGAUUCUUCACAUAUUUUGUGUUUGGUCCGACGAAAUGGAUCAGUCGAGGUGUUUUCCCUGCAAAACUUGUCUUGGAACGUGGCUUUUCGUAAUGAUGAUUCUUCCAUUCUGAGUGUUCGUUGGGCUCCGGAUAAUGAGCAUAUUUUGGUUUUAAAUGAAUGUGCGCUCCAAACAUCCAUUUGGUCGAUUCGCUCGAAGAGAUUGAUAACGCUCCCUGGAUUUCGCGAUUUGCGGCGCUAUUGUUCGUUUUCUCAAGAUGGUAAGUGGUUAGCGUUUUUGCAUCGACUUUCCACAAAUGGUACGCAUCAGCAAGAUGCAGUAAGCAUCGUCAGUGCGGUCAAUUGGGAAUGCGUGAACACCUUUCCGAUUUCCACCACUCAGGCGAUAAACAUAUCAUGGACGAAUCAAGAUCACUACCUAUCGAUUUUAGAUCACCCCGUUUACAAUCAGUAUUGUCUCUACUCGCUGGACGGGACAGAAUGUUUUAAAUAUGCCCCCAACACACCUUCUCUCGGCAGUGUGGUCCAACAGACCGCCCACAGUCUCCCCCUUUUAGCAUUCGGCGGUUUCGAGGGGAAUUUCAAACUCUUCGACACGGAAUCGCUCGUCAUUCUGCGAGAACUCUGCGUAUUCUCUGACAUGGGCGGGAAGGAAACAGUAUCGAAUCUUGUUAUAGCCAUAACAAAAGCUCAUCUGCACCGAACUUCCGAAGCUGGACGUUCGCUCUCGCUACCAGAAAACACACGCGCGCCAGCCGAACGAUCUUCCCGAUGCGUUCGAGCAGCUGAUCGUGAUCGAUUUGUUUUGUUUUCACCAAAGAACUCCACCGAAGGAAACUAUUUUUUCGAAACGGAAACGGGGAUCCCCACAGCCGCCAUUCCCACGCCGACCAUGGCUCGAUUGUGCGUGUCGUUGCGCUGGCUGACGGGUAGAUCGAGUGUGAAGGACUUGGGGAUUCACUCCGUGGAGUUUUCGCAGGACGAUCGAUUUGUGGCGCUGAAGGAGAAUAGCCGCGCUUCGAUUCUCUGGGUGUGGGACGUCAAACGCGAUUGUCUGGCGGUCAACGUGGUUUUUAAAUCGCCCAUUCUGGCGUUUGCGUGGAGUCCGCAGCAAAGUCGGCUGGCGAUCGUGACGUCGAAUUUGACGUUGUAUCUGUGGGAGCCCGGAGAAAUAACGUGGUCCAUCAUUCCAAAUCGUGGAGGCUGGGAGAGGAGGAGUGAAGUGUAG